CCUAAGAUGUGGUCUGCACCAAAGGGGCUAUAACAGGCCAAGUUGAAGCCAAAUCUGAGGAACCUCCAAGGACCUCACAACAAAUCUCCAAUAGGCGACAGAACCCAUCAAAACAAAUCUUAAAAUUUCAGGAAACUCAGGAUGCUGUGAAGAACCACAUCAAUCUUUCUCAUUUGCUGAAAAGACCGAAAUCAUUGGUAUCCACUCCCGUUAGUUUUAUCGAAAAAUUACUUUUUGCUUGUUUGUAGAGAAAUUCAAAAUCUAAUUAUUAUUAUCUUUGAAGAGAGAAAUUGCGAAAGCCCCUUUACGGCCCCUUCUAAAUCUCGUGCAAUCUCGAGGCGAAACGCACUUCCUUGGUUACUUCGCUUCCCUUACCGACUGUGACAACAGCGAAGGAUGGUGUUCGUUGUUUGAGUUUUGUCUAGAUAAAGGGACUUUUCUGCUUUAUCAUAGAUUCCAUUUUAUUCUCCUUUUGUGCGUAUAAAACAUACACUUUUCAAGAUGAUGGCCUCAAAGUAUUUACCCAGAACUCGCGAGUUCCGGGGAAUACAACCAAGUUCUGUAGCAAUUAUCGCAAAGAACCCAUCCAAGAAACCCGGAGACUGGCUUACUUUGAAAAAUAGGGCCUACGAUGAUCGCACCAAGGAGCUUGAGACACAAGUCAAGGAACAGAAGAAGCAAGAUCUUCGCACUGACUUUGAAACAAACACAGAACGGCACAUUCUGGCAAAUAACAUAAAGAGCAAAGUGAAAACUAUGUCCCAGGCUGUAGAGUACAACCUGGAAUGCAGGAGGCAAAAACUUAGGGAGCUGUUGGCCAGAGAAGAAGCUUGUUUGAUCAGAGAAAUGGAAGAAAAAGAGGAGACUGUAAUUGAAAGGCAAGCAAAAAUGAGGGAAAGAGCAAAGUUUUUGAAGGAUAAGAGAGAGUCAGAAAGACUUGCUGUGGUGCAGGAGAAAUAUGAUCAACAGUUCAGGGAUCAGUGUGAAGAACUUAGAUCAACACUGUCAAAACGCCAUCAAGAUCAGGUCUGCCUUGAGAGACUGGAACAACUAAGGCAGAAAGAGCAAAUUGAACAUGAAAAACGUGCACACGAGCAAAUGUAUGCCAAACUUUGGGAGCAAGAUAUGUUGGAGAAGGCCGCCCGAGAGGAAAGAGAAGCUAAGGACCUUCAUGAGAGGAACCGUGGAGUUCUGGAAGUCCUGCGCAAACAGAUGGCUGCUCUACAGGCCCAGAAGGAGGAGGCAAAGAAGCUCAAGGAAGAAGAAGCUCAACUGCUGAAAGAACAGCGGGCUUUGUGGAAACUGGAGGAUGAGAAGGCUCGCCAGGAGAAAGCACGCAAGCAACAAGAGACUCGUGACAUGCUGGACAGAUCACUGGCUUCCAAGGCAAGAAAGAAGGCCAAGGAGGAACAAGAGCAGUUAGCCUUUGACCUCAAGAUGCUAGAGCAGCUCUUGGAGGAGUCUCGCAAUGAAGCCAUGGAGACCAUGCAGCGAAAGAGAGAGCUCCGAGAGGAGGAUCGGCGCUACAGAGAAUAUCUGCACCAGCUCAUGGAAGAAGAGAAGGCUCGUGAGCGAGAGCUGGAGAAGCUUAUCCAACAGGAAGUGGAGGCUGCAUGGGAGAAGCGCAUUGAGCAGUGGCGUCGUGAAAGGAAGGCUCGCAAGCUGCUGUUGGAUGAUGUCAUGGCUGGACGAGCAAAACAGCUCCAGGAAAGAUUGAUGGAGAAUGAGCGUAAACAGUUGGAAGCUGCUCGUGAGCGGGAAGAACUCCAGCGUCGUAUUGAGGAAAACCAGCGUCUGGAUGCUGAAGAAGCAGCAAGACACAUGCACGGGCGCCUUCGAUACCAGCAAGAUCUGGUGGACCAGAUGGCUUACAACACACGUCUACGUGAGGAUGAGCGUGUACGAGAGAAUGACGAGUUCCUCAAGGCUCAACAAGCUGAACGUGAGUUCCAGACUCGCAUGAAGCAAGUCUUGGAUAACCCCACCAUCGACAAAUUGCAUCCGAUGAGGAGAGCUAUGAUAGGAAAUGCUCAAAAAAGUUGUUGAAAACUGUUUUGGGGGGAUUAUGUUAACCUCUUUAAUAUAAUUGUGGGCUGGUUGAAAUUCAAUAUGGGUUGUUUGAGGUAAAAAUACAUUUCGGUUCAUAGAUGUGUGUUAGUUUAAAAUUCACAGCGCAUUGAACUAAUGGUUCUACUAGUUCUGAGGUAAUAAGUGUAUAUUGCUCCAAACAGCAGAGAAUUUUGACUUGCUUGUGGAAAAGGUAAUAUUAUUUUUAAAAUUUUAUUCUUAUUUGUGAUAAUUUAAAAACUUGUUACUCAAUGCAUGGUAUUUCUGUGCGUCAAAAGAUUCUGUCAAAAGUGCAGAGGUUUUCAGUCUUUUCUUGAUUUGAGACCUAAAAGGUGAUUUUUAUUAACGCAGAAACUUUGUUCUUCUGAAAUUUGAUUUGGCAUAGUUUUAGAUGUCAGUAAAAGAUUAAGCUAUUUUAAAGUGACAUUGUAAAUAUUCUCUUAUAUUUUCUAAUAACAUGAAUGAUGCCUUAAAAAGGUUAUAGGAUUUUGUUUUUAUUAGAUCCUUUUAUAGGGGUCAUUACACAGUGUUUUCAAUUCAGGCUCUGGUCAAUUUUUGGGCAAAAAAUAUCAUUUUAAAGCUUGUUUAUUUUUGUUGCCUUUGAUGAAAAAAUAUCCAUCUAUCUUGAAUAGAAGGCAAGGUAUUUGCAGUUGAAUUAGGUAGGAGUUGUCUGUGUUAGAGUUAAAAUCAGCGACAAAAUAGCUGCUUAAGUUUUCAGUUUCGCCAUUUUGACGAGAGCCUGAAUUUCAUGACAAUGGCCCUCAUAUGUGGUACUAGAUAUUUAAUUGUUCUUGUAUGGUAUUGCUUAUCAGUGGAAUAUGGUAGUCAUUGACCACUAAAUGGAAAUAUAUGUUGUUCCUGUUGUGAGGGAUACAUAUUAGUUUGACUGGGAAUUUGAUUUUGCAUCUCAUCACUCUCUUGAAUAAUUAGGCUAUUUAUUAUGUUACAUGUAUUAAUGAAGGGCUGUUGAUUGUGUACCUUUGUGUAUACCAAUAUGGUCUGAUGAGGGAUGUCCAGACUUUUAUAUGUAAUAUUAGUAUACAAGCGUAUGCUUUGGGUUCAAAUUCAACCAACUGCACAUUUUUCUUUUCUUUUUUUAUAUGCAAGGCUGUUGGCUUGCAUUCUUUGUGGAUUUCCACUUCUGAUAAUACCUCACAGUAUCAAAGUGUUCGCCAGACGUGUAAAAUAUACAUUUUUGGCCAAACGUGGGUUUCAGUUGAAAUACUUUGUUUGAGUUCCUCACAAUCAAUGGAUAUCAGGCAAUAAGCGUCUAUGCCUACCGGAAUCAAGGAAAGACUGUUGUCAAUUUCUUUUCUGUUUUUGUCCUUUUUAAUGCACUCACUUUUCCAUGUAAGCACCAGCAAUUUAGGGGGCCUUAAUAAGGAAAAUAUGUUUUUAAAACAAUUUUUGCCUUUCAUUGUGCAUGUUCACCUUCUGACAUAAAUUUUUCUAUAGGUUACAUUUGUAACAUCCAGUCGUUCACUUUUCUCAGGAAAGUGCUCAUACCUUGAUUUUCUAUUUUCAAGGACAUUGCAUGAUUAUAAAUGCCUGUCAAGACACUUGAUUGUAAUAGUUGUUCAGGCUUGGAGCUGGGAGAUAAGUGAAUUAACUUACAUAUUAUUUAAUUCACUAUCUCCGGCAAGCUGCUCCCAGCGGCUGGCGGUCGGAACCCCUGUGCCGGUGAGCCACUGACAGCGGCUUGGGCACAUUCCUUUACGACGACUUCGACAUCAAAUUACUUUUCCGCAAUUAAAGUGUGUUAUCACAUUGGCAAAUGUAUGUGAAUGUUUUUUAACACUCAGCACAAUGGUUGUUACACGAAAUGUAUUUUUAAAUCUUAUAUCUCUUUCUUUUUUCUAUUAUCUUUCUAUAAAGAAUGAUAAAAUGAGGACCACUCAAUGUAGAGAUGGAUCUUAACUGUAGGUGUGAAAAUAUAUUUUGCAACUAUGUUAAAAGUUUUUCAUUGAGGUAAAACACAGACCCUUGCAUGUUAAUGUGGAUGUAUCAUUGUGUACAGGCAUAUAUGAAUGUCUUUGUAAUGUGUUUGUGUGUGCUCAUGUACUCGCUCUUCCAAAGUUGGUACAGUGUAUAAUGAAUGAUAAAUAAAGAAAUGAUCAUGGAAGAGGGAGUAUGCAUAUAAGUGUGUGUGUGUGUGUGUGUGUGUGUGUGUGUGUGUGUGUGUGUGUGUGUGUGUGUGUGUGUGUGUGUGUUUGUGUGUGUGUGAGAGAGAGAGAGAGAGAGAGAGAGAGAGAGAGAGAGAGAGAGAGAGAGAGAGAGAGAGAGAGAGAGAGAGAGAGAGAGAGAGUGUAAAACUAUUUGGAAGUGUGAGAAGGACAUGGUAUAUCAGAACAACAACAGGCCUUUGUCAAAGAAAAAGAUACAAGCUGUAUGGCAACUAAGUGAUUAGCGUCUAAAUCUAUGACCUCUUUGACAAUUAUUAUACCUGCUCAAUCUCAGCGAUCAUUGUAAAUCCCUAACAGUACAUAAAGAUUAAGCAUCAUUUGUGCACCAGCAUAACUCACUGGCUUGCAAACCAGAUCAAGAAUCGUCAAUAAGUGUAGUGUGAAUUUUGCCAAGAGAUGUGUUUAAUAAACGUAACUUCUGUCUCUUUUUUUGAAGAUGCACUUUUUUUUCUCUAUCCCUUAUUUGCAAACAUGGUGUCUUUUGGUUUAUACCUUGGCGUAAAGCGUGUCACAUUUGUAACAGUGAAGAACAUAACAAAAAUAAAAUGCAUUCUCUCAACUGUUAA